AACACUACUUCUUCCCUCCAAUACUCUCUCUCUCUCUCUCUCUCUCUUUCUGGUAUUGAAACCCUAGUUUCAGAGCUCCGAAGCAAGAACAAGCCAGUCAUGGAAGCAAAGCUUCGCACCAAGAAUCAGAACCAAUAUUCACUCUCCAAACCCUUCACAGGCAUCUUCACUCGUAGCAAGGCUCAGAUCUACGUCCAUCGCACCCGAUCUGGCCAAGCUCGAUCUGACGCCAUUCGAAAGCGCCACCACCAUCUCGACCUCCAUUCCUCCCAAUCAACCCCCAGAAAACGCAGAGCACAGAGCGAACAGCACGAAGCUUCUGAUAUCGACAAUAUAUCUCAAAUCUCCAUCAAGGAUCUUCGAGCGAGGAGGGUUUUCUCUCCUGCUGCGAUCGUCAAUAACGAGUGUUGUUCAAAUGGGAGUUUCGGAGAUUUGAAAGAUUCGAAUAUUAGUGACUCUGAUUCGGGUGAGAUAAAGUUGUCUCAGAUGAAAGCGCAGGUUGAGAAAUUUGAUUUAGGGUUUUGUGGAAAACCUAAUUUGCAAUCAGUAAUUGAUCAUGGUUGUGCUGAUAGAGGUGAUGCUGAUGGAGCAUUUUUGGGCGGUGUAGAGCCGGUGGAGGAUGGAUGGAAAGACAAAUUUGAGGAGGGGUUUAGUUGCAGAGCAAAUGAUUUAGAUGCUGCAAACCCUAAUUUUUUGGAGAUAAGAGGGGAAGGUGGAGUGUGUGAUGUGGAACAGAGAAGUGAUGAUGGUAAAGUUGAGAAUUUGACUGAAGAAUGCAUUCAGAUGACACCACCUGAUGCCGGCAUGUCCAGUGAGCCAAAUCUGAAUGAAAAUACUGGAAAUGGGGACAGAAAUGGUGACAUUUCAAAGGGAACUGCUUGCGGUAAUGAUAGUAUUGAUCAGAGAAACCACUCCAUCUCUAAGAAUAAAUUGGUUCUUUAUUCGCAUACUCAACCGAAGGUGUUCAAAACCCCAAGCUCAUUCAGCUAUAGGAGAUUGUUACCUUUUCUCACGGAUAUUGCGAAAGUUGAUCCCUGUGUUUCAAAAAUUGAGGAAUCUGGUUUAGGAGUUUCUUGUAAAGAUCAGAGAUUAAAUGGUGCAAAGCCUAAAUUCUCUUCCAUCAUGGGCAAUUGUUGUUCUCCUAAAGAUGAAAAUGGAGGCGCAUAUUCUGAUAGAAGAAAGCCAUCGGAGAAUGGAGAAAUAAAGAACUUAGAUACUGAAUUGUCUUGUAAAGCUCAGAAUUGGGAUCACCCUCAUAUGUCUGAGGCUGAAGGGAACACUCAACUGCAUAAUGUAGAUCAGAGGAGCAAUGAGGAUGGCAACUUUCCUAAUGGAGUUGAUGAACUGAUUGAAGAUAUUCAGAUGACACCACCUGAUGUUGACAUCUUCAGUAAACCCGAGGUUAAUGAUAACAGAGGAAAUAAUGAAGACAUUGAUUUACAUACCGAGGAUCAUAUUUUGGGGAAGGUAAUGAAAGGGAGUUUCAGCAGAAACGACAUUAUUGCUUGCGAGGGUUAUUGCAAAAAUGUCAAUCGGAAGAAUGACUGUAAUUUGAAGAGUAAUUUGAUUCUUAAUCCACGUUCACGGCUGAAGGUAUUCAAAACUCCAAGCUCAUUCAGCUAUAGAAGAUUGCUUCCGUUUCUGAUGGAUAUUAGAAAUAAUGAUUCUUAUAAUUCCUCUGAUGCCUCCAAAUGUACUCAAUCUCCAAAAGCCGAGAAUGUUUCAGAGGAAAAGAUACACUUACCUGCGUCAGCUUCACAUUGUCAAGGAGUCCCCAUGGAGAUAUCUAAAACAGAUUAUUCUCCCACAGUGCAUCACACUGGUGAUUCAAAGCUGAACCCCCCAGCUGCUAUAUUGAUGUCCAACAAUGAUUCGUCUAAUAAUGAAUUAAUAUUGACAUCUGCUGAAAACAUUAUUGAGCCGUGGUUGCCAUUUGACACUCAAAAGGAAUGUAAGUUGCAAGUUGAACUGGUUAUAUCAGAUAAACCCAUAAGUUCGGAGCCUGCCCCAGAUGGUGUGUGUUCCGACCUUGAAACAGCAUCUCCCGCUAUGUCAGUAUGCUCCUCUGUCAGUCGUCAAACUUUGCAUGGAGAUGGUGCGGUGGAGUUCUCUCAUUGUGUAUCUAUUGCCAGUCAAGAGGACUGCACAACAUUGCCGAGGGAACAUUCUAAAGAUACGAAGUCAAAUAAAGCUGUCAGCUUGGAUGAAAACUCAUCCCAACUUGAAGCAUUUAUUCCUACAGAAGUUCCUGUUGAUGGUCUUACAAAGGGCAUUCUCAGGAGAAAUCCACGAGGAUGUAGAGGACUCUGCAAUUGUCUGAAUUGUGCUUCAUUUCGUCUCCAUGCAGAUAGAGCAUUUGAGUUCUCUAGAAAUCAGAUGCAAGAUGCUGAGGAAAUUGCUUUCAAUUUGAUUACAGAAGUAUCAUACCUUCGAAAUAUGUUGGAAAAAUCUGCUGUUGAUGCACAUGAUCAUGCCAUUGCCCAUAUAAAUCAGGUGAAGGAAGCUUGCACAAAAGCUUUCAAGGUAGAAGAAUUGGCAAAAUGCCGCCUUAACCAAAUGAAUGAUGAUCUAAGUUUUCAUUGCAGAAGCACGCUCUUGCAGCGACCGAGGGUAAAGUUUGCCGAUUAUGUUGAAGAAAUAGUCAUUCCCAAUGGCAGACGCAGACUUGCUAAGCAGACCGUCGAAAAGAACAAGAAAGAAGACGGCAGAAGUUGAUGAAUGAUUAUAAUCAAUAUGUGUGCAUGUUGUGUGUAGAUGUGAGGUGUAUUUGAGCAAUGGCUGGUCUUAAUAUCUUAUUGCUCGAGGGAUAAUCCUGUCUGCACAAGUGGCUGCACAUUAGGUAAAGGCCUUUCAUGGAGGGCAGAGAAGAACGUGCUUCAGAUCUUUAGAGAGAAUAAAGUUGAAUAUCAACUUGUGUGAGUGGUGAUGUUUGCAUGCCAAUUAUUUGUGGAAUUUUGUACCUACUUCCAGGUUUGAUUAUGAAUUUUGAAAUUCACUUGGGAUUUUAUAUAUCAUAUUGAACUAGUGAGUUAUUAUUCAAGUGUUUUA